CCGCGCCGUACGCAUCUCGCGCCCCACGUUGGGCGCCACGCGAGUUCUGUGCGCUGUGAAACUGUGCGUGUUGCGACUAUAAUAUACAGUGCUGAUAUACUCGAGUUUUGUGAAAGUGUGCUCUAGGACUUUCUGGAGGAGAUAUUUCAUCUAACUCGUGAUCUAAAACAGCGAAAAGCGGAGAGACGUCAGAGCGCGGCCGCUGCGGCAUGUAGAUAACGGUAUGAUGCGCGGUCACCACAUGGAGCUGGGAUGAGCACCACCACCACGAUGCUGCUGGCGCUGCUGCUGCACUGCUUCUGCGUCACCACCGCCGAAUUACCUGCAGGCCCAGGCGGGGGUAUCGGCGAGGGACGGCCGUACUUCGACGACGUGUCGCCGCGCAACGUCACGGCGGUGGUGGGCCAGGCUGCCGUCCUGCGCUGCCGGGCCAAGCAGAUAGGGAAUAGAACGGUAUCAUGGAUGAGGAAGCGGGACCUCCAUAUACUGACGUCUCACAUCUUCACGUACACGGGCGACGCGCGGUUCAGCGUACUGCAUCCGGAACCCUCGGACGACUGGGACCUGAAGGUGGACUACGUGCAGCCGCGCGACGCCGGCGUCUACGAGUGCCAGAUCAACACGGAACCCAAAAUCAACAUGGCCGUGUAUCUGAGCGUUGAAGAUGAGUCCCACACCCCCGCGCCUCAGCCUCCGGUUCGAUUCCCAGCCGCUGCGGCCACGAUCUGGGGUUCUCAAGAUGUGUACGUGAAGAAGGGCAGCACGAUCAGCCUGACCUGUUCCGUCAACGUGCACUCUUCGCCGCCAUCUAGCGCCUCUGUACUGUGGUAUCACGGCAGCACAGUGAUCGACUUCGACUCACCGCGCGGCGGCAUUAGCCUGGAGACGGAGAAGACGGAAGGCGGCACAACCAGCAAGCUGCUAGUCACCAAGGCGGCGCUGACCGACUCCGGCAACUACACGUGUGUGCCGAACAACGCGCAUCCUGCAAGCGUCAGCGUGCAUGUGCUGAAUGGUGAGCACCCCGCUGCGAUGCAGACGAGCAACUCGGCCGCUCUGACCGCCCCGCUCUCCGCCAUCAUCAUCAUCACCGCCGCAUGCAGAUGAUGGGCUGGUGAUCACGCCGUUGGAGCUUCGGGAUUUCGUCAGAUGGUGAUAUUUGAUUAAUUGUAAUUAUUUUAAUGCAGUUACUAUCACAAAGUUGAUGAAGUAUUAUGUUAAAAGUUUUAUCAUAUUUGUGAUUACAAGUUGUUCGUCUUGUUAAUGCUUAGAAAUCUUUGUUUUUAGAAAAUAAUAAUUAAAACAAAGAUUUACGAAGUACAUAGUAGCAGAAUGAUGAACUACAGGACUGAGCAUGAAUUUCUGUAGACACCUGUAGUUAUUGUAAUGUUAACACUAUCGAAAAUGAUUCGUAUGAAAUUGGUAGGCUCUUUUAUAGCUUCAUAUUCAGUAAUGACUACUAGCUGCCUACAGAAACGCAUGCUCAUGAUUCUGUUAUUAUCACAGUCAAUCUGAACAACACAAGUUUUUUACGCUUACUACAUAGUAAAACGGAAUUAUAGCUGACAUAUUUUAGCAAGAACUAUCCGAAAUACGUCAGCUUAAAUCCAAUAUAAAAAAUAUUUAGUUUUAGCGAAAUAUUUAUAUUGGUUUAA